AUGAGCUCUUCAGCCCGUCUUUACGAACGCCUCGCUCAGAUACCGGACGACCCUGAAGACCCGGAGAGCUUGGAGGAUGUUAUUGUGUGCGCAUUUGGAGCUUUCGAGCGCUACUAUGUUUGUUGGAAGACUAGAGGAGGCGCAUAUCGGCAAGACGGCUACGAUUUACCGUUAAAUCUGAAAGAGUUCCUCUUCGAAAAGGCUGAUGAACGAGACUUUGCAAGCUUGCAAGUGGUAUUCGGCCGCGGAAGCGAGUUCUUUGCGUCGGAUAGCAAUGGCAAGCUAGAAUACAAGGAGCCGGAGCCGGAGAAGAAGGAACCUACGCCUGAAGAGCUGGUAGAGAAGCGUGUUCUUCGAAGAUCAAGGACCAUAUCUUUCAUGCGACCGCGAUCCGACGAGAGCAACAGACAGAAUUUCCCUGAUCUUGAGUCACAGUCACCCGCAAUCUCGGGCAUCAAGCGUAUCGCACGCAAGUCUGGGCUCCGAUUCCUCGACAAGCCCACAGCUGUCGUCGCGGCCUUCAAGUACCCAGACUACAAUCCCAUCCAGGCCAUCCUCAUUCUCAGAAAGCAAAAACGACGAUGCGACAAACGAGUUGGUCGAAGAAGACACCCCAAUCGCUCUUCCGCCGAUCCCUCCGUCUGCUCAAUCUACGAAAAGACUACGACCCUUGAGUAUGUCCUUCAAAGGUGGACUUAUUCCACGAAUACCGGAGGGAAAGCAAGUUCCACAACAAUCUCCAUCACCACCACCUCCCUUACCACUCGUACCAUCUGUACCUACGUUCCCAACUUCGACACCUGCAAAGCUGUGGUCAGCGGCAAGGCUGUGGACGUCAAGAUCAGAGACGACAUCCUCAUCAUCACCCCAACCGAGCAGCCGCUUGCUACACGUUCGAUUUCGCCACCGUUCCAACUACCAGAUCAGACUGAGUCACCGAUGGCGACUGAGGAGCCGCACCCGUUGCUGUCUCUGCAAGAAGCCAAGGCUGCCGCUCGAAUGUCCCCUAUCUCAGAUAGGUCUGCACCAUUAUCUCUUCACAUCACCAAGUCAAGCGUAACCACAACACCGAUCUCACAAGUCGCAGCACCAGUCAUCGAAAACUCUCCACCUCCAGCAUUAUCUAUACAAAUCAUCAGCACCACUGUACAAACAUCACCAAUUUCACCCACUUCAACGCCCGUCGUCUCGACCGCCGCAUACACCCUUCCACCAGCCCUCUCCAUGCACUUCUCCGCCAUAUCAACAACGCCAAUCGAACCUUCACCGCCACCAGCCUUAGGAGCAGAUACAGCGGCUAUCCCAGUGUCGAUAUCAACUUCCUCAACGUCCACCCAAACCUCGCCCCUGCCCUCUCCUCUCCGUACUGCCCUCGGGCCCCUCCGCAUCGACACCGGUGUCGCAGCGCCAUCGUUCCCCCAACACUCCUACAGCUUCAGCACGUCGUCAUCCGCGCUGGAUAUAGAGACGCCGCAGGAUUAUCCGCGGGGCGAGGAAUACUACGAGCAGGGUUACUACGAGCCACCCCCGGUGACUAUGGGGCGCAUGAUGGAUUAUUACAGCAAGCCCGGGUAUCAGCUGGGGGCGAGUCUGUUCGGAGGAUAUUAUGCGAUGGAGCCAAUGAUUGAGGACGAAGGAGAAGGGGAGUUGACGGAAUGGGAGAGGGCGAAUGGGAGGGGUUACUAG